AUGAAGUUAUUUUUCUUAGAAGCUGAACAUGAAGGGAAAACGAUGCUUGAAGAAGCAUCUGCAUUGGGACACUUGGAUUCAACAUUUGUCCUGGGAAUGAUUCUGAUGGCUGAAGGGAGACAUAGGAAGCAGGAAGCUUUGGACAUGUUGAACAAUGCUUACCGCAGAGCAAAAAAUGAUCUCCCACUAGAGAUUUUGAGUCGGAUAUUUAUAGUAUUAGGGUCAGAAUCUACGAAAGACAUCGUCUCUACAAGACUUUGUUCAAAGAAGAUGUAUGAAGCGGGGGAAGGGGGUGAUCCUCAAGUGUACAAAACAGCAUGCAUUGACAUGUUUGCAGGAAUGGGUCCCAAAAAUCAGUACGCUUAUUUAUUUAUACGCACAUGUGCAUUGCACAAUAACAUUGAAGCCAUGUUCAGACAAGAAAUUGAUGAAUGUUUUUAUUAUGGCGAUUUUGAUUUAGGAUUCACUUUGUUGAGACAAGCAGCAGAUGAAGAUCAUCUUGAGGCAAUUAUUUUGCUUGGAAUGAUCUACAUUUCAAGAGGGCCUCAUCAAUGUGAUGAAGGUAUGUAUAUAUGUUCCGGAUACACGGGUGUUGUUAAUAGUACCAAAGAGUUUUUGCGGGCUGUUAAUGUUGUUCAUAGACUUACAACGAAUAACAUCACAUUCAAAUGUGAAGACCCAUGUCAUUCUGUUAAAGGUGCAUUGGCAAUAGGCCAUGAAAAGGAUGAUGAUCGACAAAGAUUGCACGGAACUGGAUCUCCUCCAAGCUUAAGUUGUGGCAAAAUAUUCCAACUUCUUUGCUUUCAUCAUCUUCGGGAAAUGGCAGCCACAGCACAUUCGAUUUCCACCACUAUUAUUGACGGCAAGGCUCCUCCACGACCACCAGCUGCCCCUGCAUCCUCCCAAUGUGUCACGCUUCCGUCUCUCGCACCCCCACCUCUCCAGCAGCAGAACCGUGCUUGGAAGGCAACUGGCUACUGUCGAAAGUUAGCACGUAAUGUUGCUGCCAUGGCCACCGGAGAGGCAGCACCUGCUGAGGCUGUCUCAGCCGACUUUCCAGAGCUCAUUAAACCAAUCCAAGAGGCCUGGGACAAAGUUGAAGAUAAGUAUGCAGUGAGUUCUCUUGCUGUGGCCGGAGUUGUAUUCCUUUGGGGCUCCGCAGGAAUGAUCUCGGCAAUAGAUCGGCUUCCAUUAAUUCCAGGAGUUCUAGAGCUUGUUGGAAUCGGUUGUACCGGAUGGUUUGCUUACAAGAACCUGGUCUUUAAACCAGAUAGGGAAGCAUUAAUUGAAAAGGUUAAAUGCACAUACAAAGACAUUAUUGGAACCAGUUGAACAUGUAUACAACACCUCUAUAUUUCCCUUCAUCUUCUUCUUCUUUUAUUCCAUAAAUAAAAUUUUAACAAGAGUAACGAUGUAAUGAUGAACAUCUUUUGAAGUCAUAUAUUUCCAUAUAAUUCAUAAUCUGCAUCGUUUAUUCUAUUUAAUGAAUGAUCAGUCUCAUUUUUCCCAUGCUUGCCAUUUGUGGAAGUCGCUAUUCUAACCAUGAUUAUCUUGUACCGAACAAAAAACAAUGAAUAUUUCAAGACUACCUGAUCAACAACCUUUAUACUAUACAACAAAAAAAUCAGAAGUUCAAAAUUUCAAAUUUUUAAAAAGUUAAAAACUCUACAAUACGUAAAGAAACUAAAAUUAUAUUCUAGAUAAAUCAAGAAUCAAAAAAAUAAAUUGGUUGC